CCAUCGUUCCCCUUAACAUUGGAGGUAUUUGCUAGCCCCUCUAACAAUGCGCCUCAAGGGACCCUCUCAUUCCUUCCACCCACCCACUGGAGUCCAUUCCUCUCAGGGAAGCCAUGUGUACACGUUUACGAAUGGAGCAGCGGAUCUGGACAGCUCAUCUGAAGAGGAGUUCGAUAUUAUGGAAUUACGGGCACGGGGUGUAGAGCUCCAACGUCAGAAUGCUUUGCGGGAGAAAAUCAGCGAUGUGGUUUUCUUGGAGCGCACCAUCACAGAACAUGACAGCCUGAACAAGCUGGCACUGCAGUAUGGCUGCAAGGUCGCUGACAUUAAGAGAGCCAACAACUUUCUCACAGAGCAGGACAUGUACGCUGUAAAGACAAUUAAGAUUCCAGUGAAGGUGCAUGGGAUUUUUUCCGAACACAACGAGGAACCCAGCACUCAAAAUUCCGGGUCUGUAAAUUCUCAUGGCAUUGUCACCGAGCCAACGGAGGAUGCCAGUGUUCUUUCUACAGACAAAGGGGACAUCACUCAGUACUUCCUGGAGAUAGACCAGAACAUUGAGAAGGCCGCACAGAACCAGGAACUGUUUAAUGAAUCGUUUGGCUCUGGCAGUCCUCGAGGGACGCCUACGCCUAGACAAAAAGACUCCUAUCUCGGGGCAGACUGGGGUAUCCGGUGGUGGAAUGCAGUUUUAGUCAUGCUUUUAAUUGGGAUUGUUUUGCCAGUAUUUUAUAUAAUCUACUAUGAAAGAGCUUCAGAGAAAUCCUCUCCCUCGAUAAAUGGCACACACAGUCAGCUGAAUGCGAGUACACAUGGAAAGGAAUAUUGAGACUCCUGCAAGAUGCACAAAGACCUGCGGACACUGGA